AUGCUAAAAUCUCAGGGCCAAUGGAAGCUGCCUGGAUUUCAAGAAACUAUGGUGACGAUCUGUACCUACAAUGCACGAACACCUGCAUCCGAGUUCUGGAUAGAAGACGCUCAUGCAAGCAAGAAGGAUAAAUAUGCGACAGUAGAGUCGACGGCGUCGGUGUUCUCGUUAACACGAGUUUGUCCACGAACACCGAUUCAUUCGAACAGUUUACAACCCGAAUCGGAUGUUUACGAUUAA